GUAUACUACAUUAUUUACCAGUUUAUUUUUAUAUGAUUGAUGAUAUUUACACUGCGAAAUGUUUUGCUUUUUCUUCUUUUUACCCCAACAGGACUAGACAGUCUAAGCGAUGUUUGCAGCUUUCAUCCCCGUUUCAGCGUGCAAUUUUUUUUUGUUUAACUCCUGGCUUCAUUUUUAUUUGAAGCAAGAAGAUGGAGCUGGAACUGUACUGCCCUGCCCAAAAAUAAGAGCACCAAGCCCUUGCGGCAGGCCACAUUUCAAGGAAUCGAAACAAGGGUGUCUUUCUCGCAUUGAUCCGCGUCCGUCCUCGGUUGCAGCUUGAGUUCUUGGCGAUCUCAUAAGAGGAUUAGAGAGGAAACACGUGAUCGAGAGAGUUUCACCGUGCGAAAAAACUAAGUUAACAGCGCAGGGCUCGGUCCUGUUGAGUUGUCAAUGGGAAACAACCCAACACAGGAACUGGCAACUGAUGACACCACGGUCGACGACAAAGCACCGUCAAAAGCAGCACCCCCAUCCACGUCCGCUGUGAACACCAAGACCAAGACAGACGUGGAGAGAGAGCAACUGUUCGAUGAUGGAUCAAGCGAUGUUCACACGCCGAGGAAGAAAAGCACCCAGGAGAUCCUCACCAAGUACAAAUUCAAAGGGGACGCCGCCGCCGCGGCGGCGCACGCCAAACAGAAGCUCAUGGAGCGGCAGGAGAAACUCGCGAGAAUCACGGAGCAAUCCGCGGAGCUUGAGAGCGAGGCCGAGAACUUCGCCACCCUCGCCCAGCAGAUCAGGAAAAACAUGGAGAACAAAUGGUGGAAGUGAGGAUCCCACGGGCCACGGCCGGCGCGGCUGUGUGCCUGUGGAUGUGCUCGCUGCUGCCUGUACAGUAGCUUGACGCAGUGCCUCGACGUCGACGGAGCGGGGCUCGGUGCUACGCCACGGUGACGUUGGGUCGCCGGCACGUGGGCCCGCGAGCUGCGUGUCCGGCGCCAGCGACUCAUCGGCGUCACCGUAACUCGGCCAUCGGCUUCAUCUGUAACUCGGCCGUCGGCUUCAUCUCCUCCCUGCCCAAUCACGAUCAUUCUGACUUGUGAGCAACAGCAUCGCCGUUGAUUUCUCUCUGCUCGGUCACGAUCAUGCAGUAGCAUCCGUUGCGCUCUGCAUUCAAGGUGUUGCGUAGCAGCAGUAGCAUGUGCUUUUUCCUCCGAAAUUUCAGUUUCAGCCGGAUGGUGUGAGUGUGAUCUGCCGCUGCCGUCGUAUAAAUUCAGCAGUAGUACUACUAAUCA